GCACAGCAAAAGCAGCCCUGCAAAGAAAAAGAUUUAUCCAACAAAAUGAAGAUUGUGAUGGUUCUUGCCUGUCUUUUCGCCCUGGUUGUUCCUUUAGAGGCCAGCAGUGAAAGUGGAAGCCAUGAACGACGGCGAUACCGAUAUCCAUCUUAUCCAGCUCCAAAUUAUGGCUCUUAUGGCUAUCCAAAUCCAAUUAAUGCUCUUUUAAGAUAUGCUAGACCAUUUAGUCCAGCCAGUAGAGGUCCUGCAGGGCCACCAGGAGCUCCAGGGGCCGGAGGCCCAGCGGGGCCUCCAGGGCCUCCGGGGCCUCCGGGACCUGCAGGGCCUGCAGGGCCUCCGGGGCCUCCGGGGCCUGCUGGGCCUCCAGGUGGCCCAGGUCCUGCAGGUCCCCCAGGCCCCCCAGGACCUCCAGGAGGCCCAGGACCCGCAGGUCCCCCAGGCCCCCCAGGACCUCCAGGACCUCCAGGUCCCCCAGGACCUCCAGGACCCCCAGGGCCUCCCGGAGGCUAAACCUGUUCUGUUGACUGAUCUUGCCGAGAUGCUCUUUGCAAGAGAUCUAGAAGACACCCAUUUGCUUCUGGCACAGCUGAACAAAUGAUCCUGAUUUAGACUGACUUUUUAAACUUUGCAGUAGUUUCCUUUAAAUAAAUUUG